AUUCAAUAUAUAUACACAUACAUACAUUACCGUCUUAACCUCCUCCUCUCCCUACCCAUGAUUUCUGGCAUUUUAACGGGAAAGAUUCAUACGGUACAUUAUAUAAAAUUGUAAAAAUUUCUCGAAAUCCAAAAGAUACAUAAAAAAUUUCAAGAAAAAAUUAUAAAAGGAUUUGGAAAAUUCAUUGGUUUCUUCCUUAUCACACUCCCCAAAUACGUUCACUCAUUUUCCUUUGUCCAUAUCUCACCCUUCUCUUUGUCCAAAAAAGGAGAGAUUCUCCGCCAUUAAUAUGAGAUUUCGAUCAACACCUGUGCACAAAUCAGCCGCGACUGUGAUCUCGGCGGUUAUCUUCCUUUUCCUGAUACACGGCGCCCACUGCUUCGACCUUCCUGGUGCCGCUACCGAGAUCUUCCAAAAGAUAGGAGAAGAGAGAAAGAUAUCGUUAGCUCCUCAUUGCGGCUCAAAUCCACCCAUAUUGGACCCUGAAAGUGGAGUUGGGCAUGUUGAGAAACUUGCUGAUUUCAACAGUUAUGUCUCUGGCUCUCCUGAGUGCAAGCAUGCUGUUCUUCUUGCCUCUGAUGUUUACGGAUAUGAGGCUCCAAACUUGAGAAAGAUCGCUGACAAGGUUGCAGAUGCUGGGUUCUAUGCGGUGAUUCCUGACUUCUUUAAUGGAGAACCCUAUGACCCUAAUAAUCCUGAAAGACCUAAAGAUGCUUGGCUGAAGGAUCAUUCACCGGAAAAAGGUUUUGAAGAUGCAAAGCUAAUGAUUGAUGCUUUGAAAAGUAAAGGGUUUUCAUUAAUUGGAGCUGCUGGGUUUUGUUGGGGUGCUAAAGCUGUGGUUGAACUGACAAAGGCUAAACUUAUUCAAGCUGCUGUGAUAUUACAUCCUUCAUAUGUGACUGUGGAUGAUAUCAAGAGUGUGAAGCUGCCCAUUGCGAUAUUGGGAGCUGAGCUUGACCAUUUGGCUUCCCCAGCAGUUUUAAAACAGUUUGAUGACAUCUUAAGUGCGAAUAAGGUUGAUAGGUUUGUCAAGGUAUUUCCUAAUUGUUCUCAUGGAUGGACGCUCAGAUAUGAUAUUAAUAAUUCAACUGCUGUGGCACGUGCUAACGAAGCGCAUCAAGAUAUGCUGGAAUGGCUUUUGAAGUAUGUCAAGUAAGAGUCUCAUUUUAUGAUGCUGGGUUAUUUAGAAUUCUGUUUGCAAUGUAGUCUGUGUUUCUGUAGAAUAAGAGUGAAUUUUAAUGCAUUGUGCUUUAUUAUGUAAGAUGGAAUGCUAUAGCAUCAAGAUCACAAAUGGUGUCUAUGUUGUAUCAUUUAGCCAAUGCAUUGAAAUUUAUUUUAUAAA